AUGUCAGGUGGGAAAACAUUACCAUACCUUGUUUUGCACGGUGGUGGAAGUCGCCGGAAAUCGCUCCGCCUUCGCAAACACUCGCCGAAAAUCGCCCACAACGCCGCAAUGCACUUGCCAGAAAUCGCCUCUCACUCAAAACCUCAAGACAAGCCUAGCAUCGGGAAUCGAAACGUCACAAGUUUUCGCAACCUUGCCGACACUUGGCACCCAUGCACAGGGGAGCCCAACCGCCCUCACCUCCCCACUUGCGCCUACACUUCAAACAUUUCGCCUUCUCCCUUUCUUCUCCUUUUUGAGACAGAGCACAACUUUCACAGCAUACGGCAGGCACGCACGGGUCGAGUAUUCACUCACCUCUCGUGCCGAACGGCAGGCACGCACGGGUCGAGUUUUCACUUACCCCUCGUGCCGAACGGCAGGCGCGCGUGGUCGAGUUUUCACUUACCUUUAGUGCCGAACGGCAGGCGCACGUGGUCUAGUUUUCACUCACCUUUUGUGCCGAAUGGCAGGCGCACAUGGUCGAGUUUUCACUCACCUCUCGUGCCGAACGGCAGGCAAGCACGGGUCGAGUUUUCACUCACCUUUCGUGCCGAACGGCAGGCGCACGUGGUCGAGUUUUCACUCCCCUCUCGUGUCGAACAACAGGCGCACGUGGUCGAGUUUUCACUCACAUCUCAUGCCGAACGGCAGGCAUGCACGGGUCGAGUAUUCACUUACCCCUCGUGCCGAACGGCAGGCACGCACGGGUCGAGUUUUCACUCCCCUCUUCCUGUCGAUUCCCUUCCAAUCUUCAACCCAACCUCUUGGCUUGAGGACUUGGGGGACUACAUGAUCAUCACCGGCUUAGAAACGAUAGACGCUCGUUCCCAAGUCAGAAUGCCGAAGCUCAGGGAUAAGCAAUUCCCCAACCAAGAAGUCCCUCCUCGAUCGGAAACUUGGGGGACUACUGUUUGUACCAUAUCUGACCAACCACUCACGUCGUGA